UUAAGUUACUGAAUUCUAAAUCUCAUGCGUUAUUGGAAAUUAGAAGAGGAUAUUGCCUAUUAACAUGUUGAUGUGAAUUAGAACUCCAAUUCUAUUUUGGGAUGAAAUAUGAUUUUGUCAUGCUUAUUAUUUGCAGCCCUUUUGUCAGUUUAUAUUAUUUAUUUGAAAAAUGUCAAAUGAAGUAGACCCUGAGCAUGAACUUGAUGUUGAGAUAUCCGAGCAUGAUGGAAAUCCAUCUGGACAUGGAAUUCUAGAAGCUAUAUCAUCUGCCACUACUUCAGCAAGAAAGAGGAAGAAAACAUCUGCAGUAUGGUUGGAGUUUAUUCAAAUCCCUAAAGAAAAAAGUUCUGAUGGGAGACGGAGAGCAAAAUGUAGAGCCUGUGGGACUGUAUAUUUGGCUGACUCAAACAUCAAUGGCACCAGCACUUUGAGGAGACAUCUUAAGAAUUGUCUCAAACGUGAAAGAAAAUCCCAAAUGUCGAUUCGCUAUUUCUUUAAAGCUGAACCUGCUGAUGAUGCCAAUGGUGGUGCUGAUGCUUUACGAGAUGUGCUAACAGUGAAAGAGAGGGAGGCCAGUGAUACUUCUACACCCCAAAACUCACCAAUUGCUUCUAAUGCAGCUAAUGCAUAGUGUGUUAGAUAUGUCUUUCAGCAGGUAUUUUCUUAUUCUUCUGAAUUUAUCUUUUAUGGUCUAUAAUCUAUACUAAUUUACUUGAUUUGGAUAUAUGCUUGAUGUU